UACGUCAAACUCAUAUGGGGAAACUGGAGUACCACUAGGUGACCCCGAUUCCCGCAUUAAUAGAGAGUUAAGGCAGUAGUUGGAGUGGUAAUGAAUAGUAUGUUCUUGGUAAUUUGGGUUCGAGACCCUCUUGUUCUACGGGGCUGAAUCGUGAGAUCCUAUUUAUCCCGAACGAAGUCGAAUAAGGGUUUCGUAGAGGGAUCACUAACCAAAAAAAAAGAAGACCCCGUCGAGCGAUUGAUUGAGAGAGAGAUGACGCGAGGAAAGCAGAAGAUAGAAGCGCAGAGGCGGAACGCAGAGAAGGAUCAGAAGGCGAAGGGCUCUCAGUUGGAAGCAAGAGCCGUUUGUCUCAAAGUCGUCUGUCCCAGUUGCAAGAUGGAUUCACAAGCCUACUUCACUAAUUUGUUAAGUGGAGGAUCAAGCAUCGAUGGGCCCUUUCUCACCCAAAAUUAUGGUGACCCUAAUGAGGAUAGUCCUACUAUGUCUCAAGUCACCAAUACCUCUUCCAACGCUAGGAAGGGUCGACGGGGAACCAACUUUGCAAUAGAGGAGGAUCAGUUACUCAUUUCAGCGUAUCUAAAUACUAGCUUAGAUGUGGGGCAUGAAAACCAACAAAAGCUACGAGCCUAUUGGGAAAGGAUUGAAAAAUACUUCAAUGACAACAAGCAAGGUGAUAAUAUCUUCCGAACCAAAGUUUCACUGCAACAUCGCUGGGAUAAAAUACAAAGAGAAGUAACUAAAUUUUGUGAACAUUAUGCGAAAAUCGAAGGACAACAUAGUGACUUUACUGAGCAAGACAAGAUUAUGGCUGCUAAACAACUGUUUAGGAGUUUAGAAGGUCAUUCAUUCCAUUUCUCACAAUGUUGGCUUGAAUUGAGGCAUCACCCCAAGUGGAUAAUGAAGAUUUCUACAAAGAAGGCAAAGAACUCCAAGAACGCAAGUCCAUAUUCAUCUCCUCCGGUAACUCCUGAUGCAGUAAAUCUAGAAGAAGAGGACAGUGUACCAAGCAUUUUUGAUGGAUUAGAAGGACCAGCUGGAAGAAAAGCAGUGAAAGAAUCUAUUUGGAAAGGUAAAACACAUGUUAGUGAUACUAGGGGUUCUACCAUGUUACAGGUAUUGGAUGAAGAAAGCAUAAACAGGGAAAACCGUUUUGAGCGGACCUACAAGCAACAACAAGAAUUGAUUGAUAUUGAGAAGCAAAAGUACCGUCUCGAAGAGAGCAGGGAAGAGGAAAGAAUCAUGACCACUGACACUACUGGCAUGCCUCCAGAUUUAGCAAAAUAUUAUGAGUGUCGCAAGGCAGAGAUAUUGGGAAAACGUGGCGUUAAUUUUUAGAAUUAGCAGUAUAUUAUUUGUAUUAAGCCUUCAAAAUACUCUAAAUUUAUAAUAGUUUACUAAAUUUUUGUUGGCGCACUGA